AUGGUCCAAAUUAGUGAAGUGAAGGGCAACUCGCGCGAGAACAGAACCGCAGCCCACACGCAUAUCAAGGGUCUUGGUCUACGACAAGAUGGCACCGCGGAGGCUUCAGGAGAUGGUUUCGUUGGACAGGCAACUGCCCGUGAGGCAUGCGGUGUCGUUGUUGACUUGAUCAAGGCGAAGAAGAUGGCCGGUCGGGCUGUCCUCCUGGCUGGUGGACCCGGAACUGGAAAGACUGCCCUGGCCCUCGCCGUGUCGCAGGAGCUGGGAACCAAAGUCCCGUUCUGUCCGAUCGUUGGUAGUGAGAUUUACUCUGCUGAGGUCAAGAAAACAGAGGCGCUCAUGGAGAACUUCCGGAGGGCAAUCGGUCUCCGUGUUCGCGAAACGAAGGAAGUAUACGAAGGUGAAGUGACGGAACUCACCCCCGAAGAGACGGAGAACCCUCUGGGAGGAUACGGACGCACGAUCAGCCAUCUCAUCAUCGGUCUGAAGUCCGCCAAGGGUACCAAGAAGCUGCGCCUGGACCCCAGUAUCUACGAAGCCAUCCAAAAGGAGCGUGUCACCGUCGGAGACGUCAUUUACAUUGAAGCGAAUACUGGAGCUUGCAAGCGUGUCGGACGGUCCGACGCCUACGCCACCGAGUUCGAUCUUGAAGCUGAGGAAUACGUGCCCGUACCGAAGGGAGAGGUUCACAAGAAGAAGGAAAUCGUCCAGGAUGUGACACUGCACGAUCUGGACAUGGCCAAUGCCCGGCCCCAGGGUGGACAGGAUGUGAUGAGCAUGAUGGGUCAGCUCAUGAAGCCCAAGAAGACCGAGAUUACGGAGAAGUUGCGCCAGGAGAUCAACAAGGUCGUCAACCGCUACAUCGACCAGGGCGUCGCGGAGCUCGUUCCCGGUGUCCUCUUCAUCGACGAGGUUCACAUGCUCGACAUUGAAUGCUUCACAUACCUCAACCGGGCCCUUGAGUCCUCUAUCUCCCCCAUUGUCAUCCUUGCCUCCAACCGCGGAAACACCGUCAUCCGCGGCACCGACGACAUCUCCGCCGCCCACGGCAUCCCUCCCGACCUUCUCGCCCGUCUCCUCAUCAUCCCCACCCACCCUUACUCUCCCGAUGAGAUCAAGACCAUCAUUCGCCUGCGCGCCAAGACGGAAGGCCUCAGCAUCACCGACCCCGCCCUGGACAAGGUCUCCGAGCACGGCAGCAAGGUCAGCUUGCGGUAUGCCCUGCAAUUACUUACCCCGGCUAGCAUCCUCGCCAAGGUAAAUGGACGCCCAGGCGGCAUCGAGGAAGCCGACGUGGCAGAGUGCGAAGACCUGUUCCUUGAUGCGCGGAGGAGCGCCACGAUCGUGAACCAGGAUAGUGAGAAGUAUCUCAAAUAA